GUUCUCUGUGUCUGUCAUUCACACCCGGGCCAAAACUGUGUCUGUUUUUGACCAGAGACUCCGUCUACAUGGGAAAUGGGAAGGUGCAGCUGGAGUUUUGCCAAGAAGCAAGAGUAGCAUUCUGCUUCCGUGCUCCAGUCAGAAGAGAGCAGAAGGGCAUGGUUUCAGUCAGCCACUAAACAGAGAGGACACACACACAGAUACAAACACACGUGUUGGCUCUAUCCUCGUGGACCUGAGCUUUAAACCACAGGGGAACAAUUCUGUGUAUGUCUGCUGGAGAGGCCACAGUAAAAGGACAAAGCAGAAGAUGUAUCUGAAAGACUGGAACUAUUAGAAGUUCUAUAAAUGCAUAUAACCUAGAAUGCUGGAGAACUGCAAGAUCUUCUUUGAGUGUGACCAUCUCAAUCGAGUGAGCCUGAGAUCAUCUUCUCUCACUAAUGGCAAGAAUGAAGAGGGACCGGUUCCUGUUGGUCAUCUCCUUGCUUGUCAUUCUGACAGUCGAUGUCUACUUUGUUCUGCUUCCCAGGCUGAGAGCUUGGUACGAUUUGUCCAGCGGUGGCUGUAGCUGCCAUGGGGCUAAUGACAGUGUUGGCUAUACUGAACAGGUUCUUCUCAAAAAGGACCCAAGUUCCAAUUUUGCCUCUCAAAUAGGAUCCAAGCUGAAAAAGCUUUUUGGCCAUCCACUGUACAAUAUUCAUUUGCCAGAGCUAAGUCCAGACGAGAGAUUGCUGGAAGAAGAGGAGCUCAUGGAAUAUUACAGGAGGAAAGUCACCCGCUAUCAGAGACAGCAGAAGUUCUAUGUUGAAGCAGCAGAAGCAUCAAACAUCUCAUUGCCUGAGCAACCUGCAAACUUUAACCCUGAUGCUAGCUGGCUGAAAUUCCACUUGGGGAUCAAUCGUUACGCGCUUUACUCCAGAGAUGAUCAGAGCAUCGAUCAGCUCCAGCGAGAUAUGCAGACUGCCACGAUCAUUGGAGCAGAUUACACUCAAGAUGAAAAGGCCUUAAAAGGAGCAUGUGACUGUUCACAAGUGGUUAAGCCAAGUGGCCAUCACCUGAAACUUGCCCUGAAGCUGCAAGACUUUGGGAAAGCCAUGUUCAAACCUAUGAGACAGGAACGACACGAGGAGACACCGGAGGACUUCUUUUAUUUUGUUGACUUCCAGAGACACAAUGCGGAAAUUGCUUCUUUCCACCUGGACAGAGUCCUUGAUUUCCGGAGAGUUCCGCCUGUAGUUGGGAGACUCAUUAAUAUCACAGGUGAGGUAUUGUACACCACAUACAAUGAGGAGCUCCGUAGUGUAUUCUUCACCUCACCAGCAAACAACACAUGUUUCUUUGCCAAGUGUCUGUAUGUGUGUAAGACGGAAUAUGCGGUGUGCGGACAUCCAGACCUUCUGGAAGGUUCCAUGUCGGCCUACCUGCCUGGACUGAGUGUAGCACCCCGCAUUUCCAUCCCCAGCCCCUGGAUCCGCUCUUACACCUUUACUGGAAAAGAGGAAUGGGAAGUCAAUCCAUCAUACUGUGACACCAUCAAAAAACUUUACCCCUACAGCGCUGGAAACAGACUACUUAACAUCAUUGACAUGGCCAUAUUUGACUUCCUGACAGGAAACAUGGACAGGCACCACUAUGAAAUUUUUACCAGGUUUGGUGACGAAGGAUUUCUGCUUCACCUUGACAAUGCGCGAGGGUUUGGAAGACAUUCCUAUGAUGAGAUGUCAAUUCUGGCACCACUGACCCAGUGCUGUAUAAUUAAACACUCUACGUUGCUGAGGCUUCAGCUAUUGAUGCAACCAGAGUAUCGUCUCAGUGACGUGAUGAGAGAGUCUCUGGACCGAGAUCCACUUCGACCCGUUCUGACUGAGCUCCACCUGCAGGCUCUUGAUCGGAGACUGGAGCGUGUGGUCAGGUCUGUGAGUAGAUGUGUGAAGAAACGCGGAAAAGCCAAGGUGGUGGUCACAGACUUCAUAGAGACCUCCGGUGCAGCUACAGAAAUAAACUACAAAAAAAGCCGGUGAUGGAUCUUGAGGAGAUUAAAAAAAAUUGAUGAAAAACGUUAAGAAAGUGAUGAUUAGACUUUGGAUGCUCUAUAUUUGGAGCAGGUGAUGGCCGUGUGAAAAAGACCAGAUGAGGAACGAUAGAAAAACACUGGAACACUGACUAAUGGAUGUAGCUCAUGAUUCUGAGCAAGAGCUUUUAUAUUUGGUUUCAUAACAUGGAGAAAAAUCGUGCGUGUGAACAAGCACUAUUAAUCAUCGCACACCAGAUUGUGCUCGGUGGAGGGAAGAUGUUUUCAGAAUCGUAAAACUGACAGACGACAUCAUGUUCCUGAGAAGCGGCCGUGGGAUUCGCGGUGUACUUUUAAGGCACAUCAGUGUUUGGACUUUUCAAACAUUCCAUCCAACUUUUUAAAGAAAUACUUAUUUGGGAGAGAGAAAAACAGGACAGAGAGCAGCGAAGAGGUUGAUUCUUCGGAGAAAACUGUACGCCAUUAAAAUGUCGAAAACAUUGGAUUUGUGGCUUUCGGUCCAGACAGCGAGCGAGCAUAUAAUCCUUGGCUGUCUGUAAGCUUCACGGUUUGUAGGCUUUCAAGUGGAAUCUCAAAACCCGCCAGAAUAAAAUCAUCUGAACUAUUUACAGGCAAGUGCUGCUGUGCCAAAACUUUGUUCCAACUUGUGGUAUGCAGUUUAUUACAACAAAAAUGUUAAAGGUAGAAGUUAAAAAAAUAGAUUUUGGAUGGAGCUGCACCGUGUUUGUCCUUAGAGCUAGUCUGCAUGUUCUGAGUGACAACUAAAAAAACUAAAUCUGGAAACCAUGAAGUACAUGAAGUCCCACUCGAAAUGACUGAGCGUUUGACCCAUUUGUACUGAAAAACAAAACAAACAAAUCAAUGUGAUCUGUAUUUCAUUUCAUUUCCUCAAAAAAAACUAGAAUACUACCUUUUCUGUUCUCAUGUGCUUUUGGAAGGCUUACAUGGGAUUUCUACAUAUUAGCGAGCUUUCUUUUGUUCCACACAUUAAUCAAAGCUGGUGUAGCGUCACUGUCAGUUUAAAGCAGUUUAAAGGCUUGUUUAAUCUAAGUUUAUGUUCCACGUUUCCACAAAACAAGCAUCAGCCACGGAUGUGACACACUUCAAUGUUUUUCCUGCUUUAACAAACAUUAAUCUUAUAACUGACCAAAAAUCCUGCCCCCUUGUGGCAGCGUUACGCCAUGACUCAAUUUUAAAUGAUCCAUUUGCCCUAAUUUCUAUAAAACACUGGAUGAUGUAGUAUUUAUGCGCUCGGUGUUCUAAGGUUAUAAAGAACGGUGUAAUGUAAGUGCUGGUUAUAAAGACGACAAAGGAAUACAAACACGUCUCAGCAACUUUUUAUUGCUUCAACUGCCAUUGUGACAAGCUAUACCAAAAAAAUAAUAAUCAUUCGGUCAAUGACAUUAUAAAUCAAAGCAUAAGUGACAUUUAGAAUAAAAGAAAAAUAGAGCUUAUGGUCCACUGUUUAUGAUAGCUGCAGGUCUAAUGACUGCAGUCUCAUGAUACCAGCUCAAGGUCUGGGUUUGUGAGAUACAGAGCAUAGAGUCUUUAGUAAUAAAAGCUAAGUAAUGAUAAUGGAUUAAUAUACGUUUUUAAACAUAAAGAAACUCUGGGUACCUUAAAGGAUGAAAUACUAUGUAAUAAAUAUAGAAUGUGAAGGAAUAAACUGUAACAGUGAUGAAGGG